AUGCCCAUCGUCAGCGUUGCGAAGCUCGUUUGCGAAUGGCGAAGAGCUAAAGCGACGAACUUCUCUGGGUCAAUUGCCGCAAAGUCGCAGGCCGCAUCGCCUAGCCGCCAGGGUCCGUAUCCCCUUCUCUCUUUCCGCACCUCCCCCAUCCCGCCCCCCUUUGCGCCCGAUUGUAGCUCCGCUCCUGGCCCCCCUCGCUGGCCCCCCUCGCCGCGUCCCUUGCGCAAUUGCCACCAUUGCGUCGCGCCGCGCCGCGCGCUGUCCUCUCCAUCCCCCUCCCCUCCCCAUCCCCCCUCUUCUCCCUGUUCCCACUCUUCUCCCCAUCCUCCCUCUCCUCCCAAUCCUUCUUUUCCUCCCCAUUCCACCUCUCCUCCCCAUCCCGCACAGGCCGCGGCGGCGGGCGCGGGGGCGGCAGCGCCAGGAGGCGGUGAGGGGGCGGCGGGGGGCAGCCCGGCGGGGGCGGGGCUGGCGGAGCGGGUGGUGGCGUUUCAGCGCGCGUUCUGGAAAUUCCUCCGCCCGCACACCAUCCGCGGCACCGUGCUCGGCACCUCCGCGGUGGUGGCGCGCGCGCUGCUGGAGAGUCCGCAGGCGAUCGACUGGGGGCUGAUGCCGCGCGCGCUGAGAGGGCUGCUGGCGCUGCUGUGUGGUAAUGGGUACAUCGUGGGCAUCAACCAGAUCUAUGACACUGACAUUGACAGGGUGAACAAGCCGUUCCUGCCAGUGGCAGCAGGCGAGCUCUCCCCAACCCUCGCCGCGCUGCUCUGUCUGCUGCUCUCAGCUGGCGGCCUGGCGAUCGUGGCGCUCAACUUUGGCCGCCUCAUAACGGGGCUGUACGCGCUGGGGCUGCUGCUGGGGACCGUGUACUCGGUGCCUCCGCUGCGCCUCAAGCAGUAUCCCCUCCCAGCCUUCCUCAUCAUCGCAACGGUGCGCGGGUUCCUGCUCAACUUCGGCGUGUACUAUGCCACGCGCGCUGCACUCGGCCUGCCCUUCGCCUGGAGUCCGUCGAUAGUGUUCAUAACGUGCUUCGUGACGCUGUUCGCCACUGUCAUCGCCAUCACCAAGGACCUGCCUGACAUCGAGGGCGACAGGCAGUUCAAGAUAGAGACCUUCGCCACGCGCCUGGGAGUGCGCAACAUCGCCUUCCUGGGCUCGGGGCUGCUCAUCGCCAACUACUGUGGCGCCGUCGCUGCCGCCCUGCUGCUGCCACAUGCGUUUCGCCAGGCUGUCAUGAUUCCCGCCCAUCUGCUCCUCGCUGCUGCUCUCGUCUACCAGACGUGGAAGUUGGAUGCAGCAGCCUACACCAAGGAUGCCAUUGCACGCUUCUAUCAGUUCAUCUGGAACCUGUUCUAUCUCGAAUACUGCUUGCUGCCCAUCAUUUAA